CUUCCACGACAGAUAAUCUCAUUUAAUGCUCACGACUUCUGGUGAGGAAGUGAGUAUCAUUACUUCCAUUUUACAGAGGAGAAUAUCAAGGAACAAAAUUAUCCAAGUGACUUGCCCAAGGUAGAGGUAAGAACCUAGAAUGUCCUGUUCCUGGUCCAGCAAUCUUUUAACCCCAUGCUAUUGUCAUAUACAGGUUCUAGAAUGAACAGGUCAGUGCUAUGAGGUGGAUUCCAGGUGUAAAGGGGAGGGACUAUGAGGUGACAUUCUAGAAUGGUGGAAGGGGUAGGACAGGAGGCAGAGGACUGUUCCCUCACAAACGGGGGCUUUGCGGCCGCCAUGUCCUAUUUCAUGUCUCCACAAACUCAUCAAGGUCUUCCGCCUUCCAGUCAAGGUGGGGCUGCUUCUCCAGGCUCAUCCCUUGGCCUCUAUAGUCCUAUAGAGCCAGUGGUGGUGGCCUCUGGUGGACUAGGCCCAGUGAGCCAGAAAGCUGAGCAGGUGGCUCCCAUUGCCCAGGCCUGGGGCCCGGCCCUGGCAGUGCCAGAAGCCAGGGGCUGCCCUGGGGGGGCUGGCUGGGAGACACUGCAGCGGAAGGAUUAUGGCCGAUACAACCACAGAUUCCCCCUCGCAAGGCAGCCGGAGAGCUUGGGCUGGGAGGAUGGCUGCUCCAGAAGCAGAGCUCCCCGCCUGGGUGGCCCCAGCAGGCCUGGGCCCCUGCUGCUGUGUGGGCUGUCACCAGGGGUUCUACCGAUGCCCUCUGAGGCAGGGGGGAAGGAGGCCGGCUCCCAGCCUGAUAUCUGCAUCCUUACCCUGGCCAUGAUGAUCGCAGGCAUCCCCACCGUGCCUGUCCCAGGGCUUCGGGAAGAGGACCUGAUCCGGGCGGCUCAAGCUUUCAUGAUGGCCCAUCCGGAGCCAGAGGGGGCCGCGGAGGGGGCGCGGUGGGAGCAGGCCCGUGCCCACACAGCCUCUGGGCAAAUGCCCCUCAUGAGAUCCAGGAGAGGCCAGCCUCCUGGCUCCUGCUUGUAG